CUACAACUCGGUAUUGGCAGUCAGUGCAAAGUUGCCGCAUUCAACUGCGCAUUCCCAGAAGAGUUUGAUUUGAAUUAGACAAUCAGAAAAUUUCAUUAAAAUGUAUAUAGUUUCAACGUCGAAGAAGACAAUACUAUCGGAUUUUGCUGAUCUGGAAACGAAGUCGACAUUUCUACACGCCAAUGGCGAAGCAACAGACUUCCAGUUCAACGCACAGCGGCGCGUCUUUGUGGAGGUGGACAAAAAGGCGGGCUUGACUGUGAUGCGCAUUAAGGAGAAACAAGAAAACGUUCCCGAAAUACAGCGAGUAAGGAAAUUGACCAUUGAGAAUGCCUAUUCGGUUUGCUGUGCGAAAACUGCGUGCAAUCAAAUUGCCAUCGGACAAUCGAGUGGAUUUGUGAAGCUGUUUAAUUUCAGCACCGCUCAGCUGAUACACAGCUAUCCGGCGAAUCAGUCGUCCAGUACGGUGCUCUAUGUGGACUACAACUGCACGGAUGACUACAUUGCGGCGGUGCUCGAAGGUGGCCAGAUCAACAUCUAUGGCACCAGAACCAAACAGAAGAUGGAGUCGAUUACCAUUGAUGAGUACUCAACUCUGGCGCGCUUUCACCCCAGUAAGCGGUUCCACUUGGGCGUUGCCUCCUUUAAGGGCACCGUAACCGUGUAUGAUGUCCAAGCGAAGCGCUCGAUCUUCCACCUGGAGGAUGCACACGAUGCACCGUGUCGGGAUGUGAGCAUGUGCAGUGGGCAGCCUUCGUUGUUAGUCACCGUUGGCUACGACUGCAAGAUUAACAUAUUCGACAUACGACGCAACAAGGCGCAGGCGCCAUCGGGUCGCUUGGAGUACACGCAUCCAAUGUCAACGGUGGCAUUGAGCGAGUGCGGCACCUACUUCUGUGCCGGCAACCUGAAGGGUGAGCUCGUUUCCUACGAUAUGCGCAGCACCAAGGCACCCUUGGCAGUGCGUUCCGUUCACGAUGGCUGCGCCGUCACUCGAUGCGCCUUUGUGCCAACACCGACUGAGGAGCAGCAGAGCAGCAGCUUCAGUAACUUAAAUAAUGUGACCAUGGAUGGGGAGCCAAUAGCAAUGACCCAGCAGCAGUUGGACUCUUUGGCAACAGCGAAAGCAUCUCGCCAGACGCGUGAUUCCUUUUGUGAUUUCUUGGAUGCAAAAGGACCACACGGCAUGAAUCGUAUUUCCACGCAGCUGACAAAGGCAUUGGUAACGCGACGUGAUAGCUUCGACUGGGAGUCGUUGCAACCAAAGGAAGAGCGACAGACCAUUAAUCAGAACGGUUCCGGGCUCAGCUCCUUGGAUAGCGCAGCCAGCUCCACAGUUGAUUCGCAACUGACGGUUAGCGGACCAUUGCAAGAUCGUAGUAAUAUUUCCGGAGAUGCCAAGCUGAAGAGGAUCUCCGAGGUCGAGGAGCACAUUUCGGUGGCGAACGACAGCAUUGGCAACGACAAGGAGUAUCCACAGAUGGCGGAUGCAGCACAAAAGCAACGCCUGCGCAUGCUACCAUCCAGUCGGAACAGUACACCACAUCAUGUAGCUGCCACAGCAACUCAGGCGGCAACCUUGCAGUUGCUGCCAAAAACAUCCAGCAAUGAGUCCUCGAAUGGCGAAAAUCGUGUGCAGCUGGAUAAGGAACAGGCCGAACAACGGAAGCGGAUGGAUGAGCGUUUCGCCAAAUUGGAACGCGAACUCAAAGCGUCGGAUGAGCAAACCAGGUGUCUCCUAUUUACUGAGGUCAAAAAAUACUGGACUCAGCAGCUGGAACACACCAAAUAUGUACAUGAUGCCCUCGAGCUGCUUCUGCGAAGCGAUCGCGUCAUGAACGACUUCAAUGCAAUGCAGCAGGAGAACGAUUUGCUCGAGGCGCAAGUGGCGCAUCUACUCCGUCAGCAGGGAUCUGGCAAUGCUUAACGCAAAUAUUAUAUUAAAAUUUAUAUAAAUGGUAUAUUUAUGUUUAUUAUUGUUUAA